AUGGACAUUCGUAGGCUCGAUAAGGAUCUCAGUUACGUCUGCCUUGCAGGAAAUACGCUUAGUUGUGAACAGCAAGUUGUUUUGUAUAACUCACUUACAAAUUUGCAGAAUGAAAAUAAUUUCACCAAUGUUUAUUUUUGGGGAAAGAUACUUGGUACAGAAUCAGAUUAUUUUCUAGCGUAUGGUUUCCGAAAGGAUGUCAUUAAAGGAAAAGUUUUUUUCUACAGUACAAACUGCGUUGACUGGGGUGUUCUGCCACUCUCAUCUCCAGCUGUUGCAAACUUGGCACUUAUUUGUCAAGCACCUUUUCAAGGAGAUCCUUCACUAGUUCUCAACGUCAGCAAAGAAGGCUUCAAUGGCUUUGAUAUAGAUGAGAAUGAAGGACUCGUGGCUCCACUGAAGGAAGAAGAUCGUCUUUCAGCAACGGUUUGGGCAGUAACAGAAGCUGCAGCAGUAGUGCCUAGAGGUGUAUUUGUAGUUAACUCUGAUGAUGGUUGUCUCUCAUGGAAUCCAUGUUUCGUUGGUCUGGGACACAGCAAGGCAGUCAGUCUGUCACAUUAUUUGCACCUGAGACCUCCACGCAAACCCUGGAAUACGUGCCUACUUACUGCUGCAUCACCUAAUCCAGCCAUUGAUUGCCUUGAUUCAAUUGACACUGACUUUCCACCAGGUUGCUGGAGUCUUCAGCUGGAGUGUGGAAGUCAUGUAGUUGUUCUCAGGAAUUUGUUGUGGCCAGGUGCAGUGGGAUACCAUGCUGUUGGUACACCUGACCAUGGAUAUGUCUAUAUUGGCUCAGGAAAGCGAAAUCUUGAUCUGCCCUUUAUGGUCUGAUAAUGAAAUCUGAAACUGAAAAAUGUUGAUUGUAGAAUGUUACUGUUAUAUUGACAAGAGAGGAUAAAUUUUUGUUUGUGUUUAGGCAGAAUUAUCCUUGUUAGAAUGCUUAAAUUUUUAAUUAGAGGUUGAAGAUGCUAGGUGGAUAGCUGUAUGGCAUGAUAAGUUACACAGCAUUCCUCUUACAAUGCAAGAAAAUUAGAAGUAUUUGUUUCAGUCAAAACUUACAAUAGUCAUUGUAUACAUUCAGCUUAAAAAAAUAAAAAAAUAACUUGUAUAAAUUAGACUGUAUUAAAUAAAGACUGAAAUAUGUAUG